AUGGGCGACUCCAAUAAAGUAGAAUUCUUGAAUUUCAUCGGCGAUGCCAUCGUCAAUCUGGAGUGCUGGGGCUCUCGUAAAGGCGCCCCACGUCGCCAUGAACUGAUUCGCAAGGUAAAAGAAUUGGCUGAUAAGAUGCUAAAUUAUUCUACCUCGCUUCCACCGGGUGAGGUUGCAACCGCUUGCGAGAAGGUUGCUCGUUUCCUUAUGAUCAUUAGGGUCAAGAUUAUGAAAGCAGUGCUCACAGAAAGGAUCAAGUUCUAUCUGAGAAGGGCUUUCCAUUUCUGCGCCCAUAUCUUGUCUGAAGAUCUUCCAGUGGAUUACUCGAGCUGUCCUUGUUGUUGCAAGAAAUGCGGCAAGAAAGGUACUAAAAACCAUGGGGCCGAGACGAGCAAUACGGUAGAGACGAGCAAUGCGACAGAGACGAGCAAUGCGACAGAGACGAGCAAUGCGACAGAGACGAGCAAUGCGACAGAGACGAGCAAUGCGAUAGAAGCCAGCAAUGUGGUAGAGACCAGCAACGAGGCAGAGGAGAGCAGUGCAGUGGAGGAGAGCAGUGAAGUGGAGGAGAGCAGUGCGGCAAGUAAGUAG